AUAUCAUCAGUGAUGUCAUCCUGGUAUCGCGCUCAAAGCGCAGCGUUUCAGUCAAUCGCUGACAUUCCGAUAGACAACAACGUUUCCUCUUUGAGAACUGACAUUAAAACAAGACAAUCAUGGCCCAUUCUAUGACGAUUAGAACACAACAAACAGUAACAACGACCGGUUCGACGAUUGUUAUCAACACUGGCCAUUUAAAAAGUUGGAGCGGUAUAUUGAAACUUUUACAACUGGCGAUGGGGAUAGUUUGUGUAGGAAUCAUCGGUAAUGAAUAUCCUUAUGCCAGUAAAACGGAAGAGCCUUUCUUUUUUGUCAUAACGACUACUUUUAUGAUUGGUACUUUCAUUCUUCUCCUCAGUUGCCUAAUAUCUUUUUCUACCGCAGCUAUUAUAUCCAAGACGAUUUACGAAUUUAUUUAUCAUUUCAUUGCAUCUUUAUUAAUAUUUUCGGCUUCAUUGACGUUGUUGGUGCACGUCACUAAUUAUAGGCGAUCGAACUUAUUAUUAACCGCUGCUAUUUGCGGUCUGAUAAACACAGCUUUAUAUAUCUGCAGCACAAUCUUCGCUUUUCGCAAUUACAGAGGAGCCUAAGCGAUCAAAUAAUGCAAUCGGAAGUUUUUAAAAAGUGAAAAGGUAUCACUUUUAUACAAAUUACAGUCUUUAUGCAAACUUAUUUAUUUUACAAAUAUUAUUCAAUUAAAUUGAUGCAGAAGCUGUACAAUACAUAUGAACUGUUUGUUGUCAAAUAACAAACAUUCGAGAUUUCUGAGGAAUAUUUAAAAAGUGAUGAAAAAUAUUUUGUUGAUCUAUGCUAUGCGUUUCAUAAAAUUUUGACAAAAUUCAUCCUUUAUACUUUUAUACGAUAAUAUUAUUGGUCCUUACACACAAAAUUACGAGAUUUAUAAUGCUCACUAGAUAUCACUAAUGUUAUUUUAAUAUCAUUACGUUAUUUUAAUCCCAAAUAUAUAAAAGAAUUUGUGUUUUGAAAAUUGCACUUUAUGUAACAUAUUACAACGAAAAGUACGUGAAUUUCAUAUUAUUCUUAAUCUCAAAUUAUUUGAAUAUUUUAUUGCAUACGUUUUGUAUCAAUAUACGACAUUCGCACUUGUAUAAUAUAUUCAUCGCGGUCUUGCAAUGAUUAAGUGAUUUGCGACUAAUAUUUUCGCAGAAUAUAUAUUUAACGUAAACAUAUUUAUUUUAUGCGCCUAUAAAAUAUUUAUAUUCAAAAUAAAUAAUUGAAUAUAAAUUAUAUCAUAAUUGAUCUCUAUUAGAAGAUUCGGACAAAAGUUUCGAACAAAGUAGUAAAACGGUUCAAUCAAUAGGUUAUAGAUUACUAUUGCAAGAGUUGUGUGUGUGUAUGUGUAUUGAUUACUUUGUACUUAAUUAAUUUUUAUCUGCUUGUGUCUUCACUUCUUUUGUAUUGAUGAUAUCUUUGAUAUUCUCAUUUUCUCUCGUCUCUGAUUUAUGUAUGAUACUUGUUCAUUUUAAUUAAUUUUUUAAAUCCAAAUCACAAAAUCUUAAAAAAUUUUCCUAACAAAUAUAUAAUUAUAUAU